ACAGUAUUUCGAUGGCUAGUUGGAAUCAUAUUUUUCUUUAUAUUGACAGGAAUUGCAGUUUUAGUUUGUCAACAAGAGAAUGGAUAAUAAAAAAGAAACUAGUGACGAUGAUAAUUCACAUCAUCAGGAUCAACUAGGAAAGAAACUGAAAAAAACUCUACCGACAUGUAAAAUAUGCGGAAAACAGUUUGAAAACAUGAAAUAUUUGAAACAACAUAUGCAAAGUCACUUAAUCAAACAAAAGUGUAAAUUGUGCCAUGCUGAGUACAAACAGUUACAAAAUUUGUAUAAACAUUGUAAAAAAGUGCAUGGAAAAGAAAAAGACAAGAAACCUAAAGUAACACAUUUGGACUGUCAUAUAUGCGGUAAAAAGUUUAAAAAACCUUUUAAUCUAAAGAGACAUAUGACUCGUGUUCAUAAAAAUAUUGGUAGGAAACACGUUCAAGCUGAAUUUUCAUGUAGGCAUUGUAAUAGCCAGUUCCUAAAUUAUGAGCAAUUAUUUCAACAUGUGAUUAAAAACCAUCCUUUACAAGAGCAACGAGGAGGUCGAAGAGCAUCAAAACAUCGUUCAGUAGAUGUUAAUGAAAUACCUCACCAUUCGAUCGUGAAUAAUAGAACUGCAUUUGCUCCUGAUACAGUCGGGUCUAGUUUGGUUAAUGGGUAUACGGAUAUGCUUGAUUCCACAAACGAUCUUAACCAGAGCCAGCAAAAUGAUGAUCCUCCAGAUCUUGACAACAACGAAUCGAGCGAUGAGGAUGAACCAGUUAAUAAUCAAGUGGACGAGUCGGCGUUGGGUAAUAGAGUGAUCAAUAGAUUAAUACAUCCCAUUGGAAACGAAAGGUAUGAUCUUUUGACAUUCUUUGGUAAUAGAAGAGAUCAAGUGAGAUCUUUUUUGCAUUCACGCGCUCGUCAACUGAGAGGUAUAAAAUGGAGUUUGUGUGUACAAGUGGAAAUGGAACGCAUAGAGGAGGGUGAGGUCACUUCAGCGCAACCAUACUUUCGUAGCAAUACCUACAUUACUUUGUCGGUAGAUGAUUGGAAUGAACAUGAUUUAAAUGAGGCUAUACAGAAAAUGUUCGCAAGUUUGGAAGAGUUUAUACGUAGAGGUUCUGGAUGGUACGUCAAAAAGGUGUUGAAGCUUGAAAUCCAUACAGUGGGGUAUAAACCCGUAAGCGGUUCCAGUUAUCUUCCACUACCAAAGUCCCUGGCAUACAGUAGAAGUCUGUUGAAUAUUGAAAACGAUGAUGACAAAUGUUUUCUGUAUUGUCUGUUGGCUUCCAUGCAUCAUGUUACCAUUCAACCGGAACAGGUAGAGCACUAUCUUCCUUACAAACAAGAGAUUGACAUGCUUGGAAUCAACUAUCCAGUCAAGUUAGCGGACAUAAGAAAAGUGGAACGAAGAAACGAAAAUAUCUCUAUCAACGUAUUUACUUAUGAAAAGGAAACCAUCGUGCCAUUACGAAUCACUGAACACACUAGACGUCCACAUCAUGUCAAUUUACUGUGGUUAACAAAGGGAGACAUUUCCCAUUACUAUUUAAUAACGGACUUGAAUAAGUUUUUGUCUCGUACAAAAAACAGUCACAUACGAAGGCAUUUCUGUCCAUACUGUUUGCAUGGAUUUCUAAAAGAAACUUCCCUUAAAGAACAUCAAAAGCUAUGUGCACGAAACGGAGCACAAAGGGUGAAUCUUCCAACUCCAGGAGACAAUGAUAUUUUAAAAUUCAAGGAUUAUGAAAAAACACUUAAAGCUCCGUUUAUUGUAUACGCCGAUUUUGAAACUGUCAAUAAAAAACUACCCACCUGCGCGUCAAAUCCGAAACAUUCUUCCACUACACAGAACACAAAAUUAGAAGUGUGUAGUUUUGGCUAUAAGGUCGUAUGCGAAGAUAAUCGUUAUACCAAACCGACUGUGGUGUAUACAGGGGAAGACGCGGGGUCAAAAAUGAUUGAAUGUCUUCUAAAAGAAGAAAAACAAAUACGGGAAAUACUAUCACACAUAAAGCCAAUGGAUAUCAGCGAAAAAGAACGUGAAGACAUCAUUAGCAAGGCUAACUAUUGCUGCAUUUGCAAAAAAGCAUUUACCUUUUACGACAGGGUGUACAAUCGAAUAGUUUUGCAUCAUAACCAUUUGACCUCAGAACUUAUAGGACCAGCAUGCAACGAUCCAUGUAACCUGAACUGUCGUCAAGUUAAGUUUAUUCCUGUGAUGUUUCACAACUUGAAAAAUUUUGAUGCCCAUAUUAUAUGUCAAAAUAUUGGUAAAUUUAAGUCGUAUAAACUAAGCUGUAUAGCGCAGACUACAGAGAAAUAUGUCAGUUUUUCUCUUUCACAUUUGCGCUUCAUAGACAGUUUCCAAUUUUUACCAACAUCAUUGGAAACACUGGUAGACAAUUUAGCUCAAGAUGGUUUGGAGGCGUUUCCUCAUUUGCUCUCAGAAACGAAAGACGAAUCAGAAGCUCAACUCCUGCUUCGAAAAGGUGUCUAUCCUUACGAAUACAUGGACUGUAUGAGUAAAUUCGAUGAGGUAAAAUUGCCUGCUAAAGAAGAGUUUUAUUCUACGAUAAAAAAAGAACAUAUAUCUGAAGAGGAUUAUCAGCACGCAAAGACCGUGUUUGAAAGGUUCAACAUGACAUCAUUACGGGAAUAUCAGGAACUGUAUUUAAGAAUGGACUGUGUUUUAUUGUGUGAGGUCUUUGAGUCAUUCAGAACAUUGUGUUUAAAGCAGUAUGAACUUGAUCCGUGUCAUUUCUAUACAUCUCCCGGUCUCUCUUGGUCCGCGUGUCUAAAAAUGAGUGAAGUCCAACUAGAGUUGCUAACAGACAUAGACCAAGUGCUGAUGAUAGAAGCGGGCAUUCGUGGAGGCAUAUCUCAAAUAUCUCAUCGUCAUGCAAAAGCGAACAAUCCCUACUUACAAGAUUAUGACACUUCACUGCCUACGACCUAUUUACAAUAUCUGGAUGCAAAUAACCUUUAUGGUUGGGCAAUGAAUCAACCCCUUCCGGUAGGGCAGUUUGAGUUCAUGUCAGAAAGUGAUAUGGGAUCAUUCGACAUCAUGACCAUUCCCGAGGCUGGAGACACGGGUUAUAUAUUAGAGGUGUCGUUAGAGUAUCCUAAAAACUUACAUGACAUACACAACUGUUUUCCUCUAGCGCCUGAGAGGCGAACGAUUUCCAAUGAAGAACUGUCUCCAUAUGCUCGAGGUCUUCUUAAAACAUUACAUGGAUUAACGGAAGAGGAUCCGUUGCCCAAUAGAGGAAAAGUGGACAAAUUAUUGACCACAUUGCAAAACAAAAACCAUUAUAUCCUUCACUAUAGAAAUUUGCAGUUGUAUCUGAGUUUAGGCAUGAAACUGAAAGGUAUUUAUAAAAUACUCAAGUUUAAACAAGAGACGUGGAUGAAGAAGUACAUUGAUCAUAACACAGCCAUGCGACAAAAGGCUACGUCUACCUUCCAAAAGAACUUCUACAAAUUAAUGAACAUCUCCGUGUUUGGAAAGACUAUGGAAAACGUUAGACGCUACAAAGCAAUCGAGAUCAUUCACACGAAAAAGCGAUUGGACAAGGUGACAGCAAAACCCACAUAUAAGGACACAACCAUCUUGAACGAGGACCUUGUGGCAGUGGAGCUGUACAAGUCAACGGUCAAUUUAGUGAAGCCGAUUUACUGUGGGAUGAGCAUUCUAGAUUUGAGCAAAUGUCUCAUGUACGACUUUUGGUACAAUUAUAUCAAGCAAAAGUAUCCUACGGCUAAAAUGCUAAUGACAGACACCGAUUCAAUUUUCUGGCUCUCCCAAACUGACGACAUCUACAGGGAUAUGAAAUCUUCAAUGUGUCAUUUUGACACAUCGGAUUAUCCCAGAGAUCAUUUUCUUUGGAGCAAUAGCAACAAAAAGGUGUUGGGAAAAAUGAAAGACGAAACAAACGGACAACCUAUUUCAGAAUUUGUAGGACUACGAUCAAAAAUGUACAGUUUUCUGUGUAACGGCAAAGAAGAAAAACGAGCCAAGGGCGUGGCUAAAGUGUCAGUCAAAAAGGAGUUAAAACACGAGCAUUAUAAAAACACAUUGUUUAAUGAAACCAGCAUGAUCUCAUCUAUGACUGCCCUAAGAAGUCAUCAGCAUGAACUUUAUGGGGAAACCAUUCAAAAACGAGCGCUUUCGGCAUUUGAUGACAAGCGUUAUCUUACUGACAGUGUCAACAGCUACGCGUAUGGACAUUACAAAAUCACUGCAAAAAACACUAGCAAAGAUGUCAAUCAAUGUCAGGAUGAACUGCCAUUUUCUAUCGUACCAGCCAACGAAUUUGUAAUGCAUUCUGCGCAUGACAUUGAACAAUCUUUCCACCUAGACGGCUUUAAAAUCACUCCUUGCAAAAAAGUGGAUGUAUAUUAAUUCAAAAAAUGUAUGCCGUUAUUUUAUUGUAUAUUGUAAAAAAAAUAAAAUAUUGUUUAUGUCAUU